UAGCAUAUGCGGUGGGGUCAAUAAUGUCCCUGCGGGUUUCGUUUUGACCCUUUCGGGAUAUGACAACUGCCGGGCGAGGCACAAAAGACCCCAAUUAGGGGAGUUAGAGGCGAGGUAAACCGAUCAGUACAAAGCAAAAUUGAUUGUCCAUUUCGAUCUCUUCCUGGUACGAUCGAUCGGUGCGGUGUCAUGCCGAAUCUCUGGUAGAGUCGGUCUACAGCGAACGAAAGGAACAAGGAAUAAGAAAUAGUUAAGGAAAGAAAUAGAAAAAUAAAAAAAAUAAAAAGGUGGAAAUGGCAGAAAGGAAGAACGCCGAGUCGUCAGCGACGCACAAUUCCCCGCGAACUUGGUUCUUAACUUCGUCCUUGACCCCUCUGGCCGUUCGAUUGAUACGCCAACUACUAACUCAUGGCGACUAUGUCGUCGCUUGUCUGCCGCCUCAAGAAAUCGAGCACGAUGAUCGUAGCGCCGAAUUCCGCGAGCUUGUCAAUGAGUGUAAGAGCAAUCGCAAAGAUCGGGAGGGGUGGAAGGACCGCAUCAGGAGUAUACGUUGCGAUGGCCGCGUAAUGGGUCAAUGCAGUGCUGCCGUGGCGGAGGCCAAGCAUGUGUUUGGUCGCAUAGAUAUUCUGUUAUGUUGCACAUCUGAAGCUAUUGUUGGGACCGUGGAGGAGCUUUCCACCUCGCCGGCGACGCAAAAUCUUGUGCGCGAUCAGUUCGAGACCAUUUUCUUCUCCCAAAUAAAUUUUAUCAAAGCAUCGCUUCCGACGUUCCGCGCGCAGCAUACCGGCCACAUUAUGAUCCUUACAAGUCUUGGCGGACACAUAGGCACGCCUGGAAUGCCCAUAUAUACGGCGGCGACGUGGGCACUGGAGGGCUUUUGCGAUUCACUAGCUUACGAGGUCGCGCCGUUUAAUAUUAAAGUCACCAUAGUACAACCGCAUAAGGAGAUACAGUCUCUAACUAACAAGAUUGUUUUUUCUCCGUCGUUACCUUAUUACGACAGCGAGAAUAACCCGGCACCGAGUGUCCGGGAUAUGCUCACCAACGUGCUGAAUUUAAACCCUGAGACAGCAGUCGACCCCUCGGAUCCGGAAAUCGUGCAAAGAUACCCGAAGCUGCCCCCUUCUUCGAUAGAUCGCCUUGUGGGCGAAACGGUAUACGCUCUCACCGCCAUCGGCGGACACGAGAAUCCGCCGGCACGUCACAUUGUCGGCUUUGAGGGGGCCGAAGCCGUGAAGGAGAAAUUAAAGACGGUAACGGAAGAGCUGGAGGAUUUCGUCGAAGCGAGUCUCGCUGUGGAUAUUUUGGACUCGGAAUUGAAGAACGAGGCUACACAAGGUAAGGCAAAAGCUGAAGGAAAAGCCGAAGGGUCGGGAUGUCCGCCAAGUCUUACGUCGACAUGAAAUGAAAAUAUAAAAAUACUAGAGGUUGAUACCAUGUACGAAUACAACGAUAGACGUGAUGGAUUUGGAAUGCAAUCUUUAUAUUAGGUAUGUGGUAGUAGGGAGUUGAUUGGGAUUGGAUAAGCUCUGUCUAGCUGUACGGUUUACUUACUUGUAUGUAUGUAUAUAUACCUCUUGGGUAAAUAUUUCGCGUUGCAGUCUUCAAGUUCAGCUUCUAGUACAUACGUCAUCUAAAUAUUCUGAGCAUAAGUAUAAAUUGUGAGAAAUACAUAAG